UUGACACGAGGUAGUCAGACGUAACGCACGAGGCUCCCGCCGCACGUGCGAGCGGCAAACGUAUCUCUUUAUAUACUCGUUCGCUUCCAACUCCCUUUGACGUCUGCGAUGCGUCACGCGGCGCGCAAGAAUACUACAAAUGUGCAAUCGCAGAGACGUUCUCUAUUAUAAGUUGUUCGCUAUAUAGAUAUUGCGAGCCACACGUCUCUCGCGCAUCCACCUACGCUCGCCCGUCCACCCGCAGCUGGCAAGAGAAACGUAUCUCAUUACACCCACUCUCCCCUCUCUCCCCUCCGCCCUUUCCUCCCUCUUACGGUGGUAAUGCGUCACAGCGACGCCCGCGUCGCGUCGCGUCGCGUCGCGUUGCCUCGCUCGCGCGUGCUCCCUUCAACCCCCAGCGGAACCGCAGCCAUUGUCGGAGGGUCGGUCGGUCGGUCGCGGUCGGCUCGAUUCUUCGCGAAACGCGCGUCCACCGUGCGCGUAACACACCCUUCCGUCGCGCGAAUACCCCCGUGUGCGUGUUUGUGUGUUUGUGUGCGUGCGUGCGUGUAUGUGUGUGAAAACCGACAGCGAGCGCGAACGAGCGAGCGAGCGAAAAGGGAGGCAGAGGAAAGGGAGUGCGAAAAGGGAAAAAGGGCGCGCGAGGCGAUCAACGACGCGGGGCGAUGUGAGAGGAAUCCGUUCGGCGGCGCGAUGAGACGCGAACAUCCGCGCGACGCCGAUUUUGCGCGAGCACCACCAGUACCAGUCGACGCUGCCGUCGUCGUCGUCGCCGCCGCCGCCGCCGAUCCCGACCCCGUCAUCGACCUCGCCGCCGCCGUCGUUGUCGCUGCCACCGCGCUGCUGCACCCCAUUGUCGCCGAUACAACAGCGUAUCUCACCGCGAGCAUGAAGUUUCCGCCUCUCUCAUGACCCAGCAUCGUGAGCGCACAUGUGGACGAGGGUAAAUCACCUUAACGAGAGGGAUGUCUGAGAGCGACGGAGAGCAUGCAGCUCGCUCGGUGGCCUUAGAGCAAGCCUACGUCCACGAAGUAUACGAGCAAUGUGCCGAGAAGACUACGCAAAGUAAACACUGGCCACGAGUAUAUCAGUUUCUGCAAGAACUCGAACCGGGUGCCCUCGUCUGUGACAUCGGUUGCGGCAACGGAAAGUACCUCAGCGUAAAUCACAGCGUCUUCAAGAUAGGGGUGGACCGAUGCAAGCGUUUCACGGAUAUCGCGCGCGAGAAGGAAAACGAGGUUCUAAUCUGCGAUAAUUUGGCUCUACCAUUCCGAGAAGAAAGCUUCGAUGCGGUGCUGUCGAUCGCCGUGGUGCAUCACUUCGCCACCACGGAGAGGAGGGUACACGCGUUGAAGGAGUUGGCGCGGGUUCUUAGAAUCGGGGGUCGACUCGUUAUAUCCGUCUGGGCUAUGGAACAAAAGCAUAGAAAGUUUGAAUCGCAAGAUGUUUUAAUACCAUGGCCCAAAUCACAUUGCAUGAGCGCAGCAUCAGAUGGGACGAAUCAUUCGAGCGUGUCAGAGGGUAAUGAAAAACGAGAUGAUGAUGCUGUACAGAAAAAUCCGUCAUCCUCCAAGAGAAAUAGCCAACGAAAAUGUAAAAGCAAGAGUUAUUGGAUCGAUCCGAUAUUCAGCUUAUCGCCAUCCACCAGUAGCCUCUCUAGCCCGAAUGAGACCUGUUAUAGUUGUUUCCGGCGAGCGUUGCAGAAAUUAGCGAGGAGUAGACGCGGGGGUGGAGGUCGUGCAUGGUUUCCUGGAAGUUGGCAGAGCGGUAGUAAGAGCCGGCGGCACUACGAUCCUGAGGACGCGACCGACGUGGACGACCUGCCAAUCGAAUUGCGCCGCGUAGAGACCACACAUACGCUGACAAUGACGAACAAGCAUUCCGCGGACACGUUGAGCAUCAAAUCCAAAAGCUUGGGCGACAUCCUGGAGAUUGAACGGCUCGAUUUGGUGCGUUCCCGGUCCAGCAUCCCGGGCUUUUAUUCAACGUCCGAACUGAUCCUGGACGAGCGUUCGGUGUCGUCAUCGUCGAGCGGUUCAAAGCCGCGGCUGGUGAAGCAGAAGUCGUACGUAGAGGAAAUCGGUUUGGAGAAUCCCGAAGACACUGCCAUUGAAAACCUGAUCAAGGACCUCCCGGAUUUCUCUUGCCAGUCAUUGCGCAAACGUAGCGUACCGUUAAAGCAGAGCUCAAUGAACGAGGAAUUGAUGUCGGCGGAACGGCUGGAGGAGAAAGAACGAGUGCGCCGAAAUAUCAUGAAGCAGGCGUCGUUAAACGAGGAGCUCAUCUGCAAGUGGCGAACAUUCGAGGCGCUCAAGGAUUCGAUCAGUCCAGUGGGCGCCAGUCGGCGUUUCCAGCUGUUAAAGAACGGGCUCACCAGUAAAAUCAAGCGCUCCACAACGAAUAUCGAAAAGGUCUCUAGCAUGUCCAUUAAGAACGGUUUCGUUCGGAUGCUGCAGGGAUGGAAGUCCUGCGAGAACGAAUCGACGUCCGCCUCUACGGCGGAAGCGACAACGAAGCCGAAACCAACGGACAAUAAGGUACAACCGGUAACAAUGGUGAAACGUAGCAUCGAGGGUGUCGAACGUCGUCUCUCGCGCGAGGACGGCUCGGACUCGUCCAAGGACAGCAGUCUACAGAGCGACACUAGCGUAGACUCCGAAGACAGCUUCGCGUCUGUGAUUUACGUGCCGAAGCAGGAUGUCACUGUCGCGGCAUCGCCGGCGCCGUCGUCGGUCAAUGAGGUUCCUUCCGCGCCGCGACCGGCGGCAUUGCAGCUCGGCACGACUUCGGCACCGCCGUCGCCUCGUGUUAAGCAACCACUGGACAGUGGUCAGUCAUCUAGGUUCAAAGUGAUCAACGUGUCACCGUUGCUGAAGCAGCAAUCGACUAUUACGAAUACAAGUACAAGUACGAAUGCGAGUGUACAUCUUGACGAUGUGACGAAGCCUAAUGGACCGACCGUCGUCUGUAAGGAAGCGCCCGAUAAUAUUUUACAGGCACCGCCGUCAGAAGGAUUCCGUCUUGUAUCGGAACCGAUGCAGCCGGAUGUAGAGCCAGACACCACGUCGUUGAUACGUCCCUUGACCGACGUUACGAGCAAGAUAAUCGGUCGCGAGCCGAUUGCGAGUGAAGACGACAGCCGAAAAGCCAGACUGAAUCAAAUCAAGGAGCUGCUCAUAGCGAAGCCAGGCUUUGCAACACGCGCCAGACCGUCGUUUCCAUUGGUCAGGCGUGCCUCUACGGCGGCUUCGGGUCGUCUGGAGACAGUUACAAGGAUUUUGCCGCGUUUGUUGUCCCUGGAAUUGUUUAAUCCGGAGACUGAUGACUUGGACAGCGAUUCCAGCGGUGUCUCAUCGCCAGAGUCAGUCGGUUCUGUAAUCAGCGUUACGUCGGAUGAACGGUACAUCGCGAGGAGAGAGGCUGAAGAGAGGAAGAAUAACGCACAGACAGACGAGAGUCUUUCCAAGUCGAACGGAGAUGAUGUAUCGAAGAGGACGAGAGAAACGGAAAGUAGUAUACGUGACGACGAGUCAUUCAGUAUGGGAACAACAGCGUCACUCGAGGACUCAAACACAUCUCUGGAUCCUCCACACGACGACUCAUCCGCGGAUUUCGAAGAUGACACGCCCCUCGCGGUAACCGAAAUGAUGCGUGACAUUUCUCAAGAUAAUUUAGGAACAGACAUGAUCUGUCCUAUGCAUUCUUCGUCGCGCAUUUUUUUGGAAAACGGAAAGUCCAUCUCCUCACAGUCCAUGAGGCUUCUGGAGGCCGCUGCCAACGUGGCGAGCUCGCUGGAGGAUGCCGUCGAGACGGCGAUUCAACACAAUGUCCAAGUGGAACAAUUCUCGCAAUUUUCGCAGGUUGCACAACGACGGAAUAACGACGAAAUCUGGCCGCAGUCGAGUGUGCGAACGCGAGCGUACUUGAAGCAAGAUUGUAAAUCUGCUUCGGUAGAUUUGGGUGGUUACGCUGACGAAUCGAGCAGCGAUCUUAUACGAGAUAUCAGUCGGUACUGCCAGAACUCGUCGUUCGAUUUUCUCGAAGUCUGCCAGACGUCGAGGACCACGUCGUCGUCAUCAGAUGUCGCGGAAAAUAACUUGGAUGCGCAAUCGGACACCGCAGUGUCCUGCUGGAACGAAUGCAAUCAGAUACCCAAGGAAACUUCAUGGAUCGUAAACAAAGCAUACGACGGGAGUGGACGCGACAAGAUGGCUAAUAUGGUUCAGUCUAAGUCGACCCCCAAAUCUUCCAGAUCUCUUUGCGAGGAUACUCUUUUCGAGUCCGAAAUUGACUAUAAAUUUCCAUGCAAUUCCAAGUACGAAGUUGAGCCCAAGCUCGAAGCUGAGCCCAAAACUGCAUUCAUAUCCAAAUACGACGAAAUGUUUAGGGUCAAUCACGAAUCCGAAGAGAAAUUGAAAACUAAAGUCGAGCUUGUAUCCAGAUUCAAUCCCGAGUUCAAUAGUAAUCUCACAAGUAGUGACACCAAAAAAUCGUUUAUCAAUGCUGAAAGCACGCUCAGUCUCCAAUUGGGAGCAGGACCUAAACCUAACGUUAAUCAGGAGCAUUGUCGCUCCGCCAACACUUCGUCGUUGCUGCGCAGCAAUUCGGAUGACACGUUGGAUUUUGUAAUGGUAUCGAAGACGGGCGAGUUCGAGGAGACAGUGGAAAACUCGAAGGUGACUGGGAAAUGGCGCUCUACUCAAAGCGGAUUGUCGAUGGACUCGAACGACGUGGGCGAUUCUCUGCUAGAGAAUACAGCGACGAGCCUGAGCGAUGGCAGCCAAGCAGAGUCGACAGCGAGACUGUUCACCGGUAGCACGGUGUCAUUAGUAUCGAAUCCAAAUGUAGAGAGCACCCGUCGGAGUUCGGUGGAGCGACGAAGACUGCAAGAACGCGGCCGUUCGUUGGACGAGAUGUCGAGCGAGACGAAGAGGCGAGACGCCGCGAGCUGCCGAGUCACCGCAAGCACUAACACCCUGAGCAACGCCUCAUCUCAGGAAUCGUUACCCUCCGACCGUGGCGGCGGUUCCAUUACCUAUCACCAAUAUUAUCACGUCUUUCGGGAAGGCGAGCUGGAUCAGCUGAUCAACAAAUACGUCGAGAACCUGCAUAUCAUUUCAUCGUAUUACGAUCACGCCAGCUGGUGCGUCGUCGCGGAGAAAGUUCAGGUCUGGACUAUAUGACUUCGGAUACGGAUCAUCGUGUGAAGGACCAGCGGCUGCCGCGACCAGUUCUCCGCCACUCAUUUUCGCCAAGUUGUACCGGGUGUCUCGAUAGGAGAUGUCAGCCAGAAGGGAUCAACUAGGUUUCAACUUUAUGAAAAUUCGCAUCUACUUAGUUUCACUUUUCAGUCGAGAAUAGUUUCCAGUCUAAUUUAAGAGAACGAAUCACAAAUUUGAGAAACUGGGAAGAUACAAUUCCUAAAUCCUUUAAUUUUUAAUGUUCAACACGGUUCGCACCAUUUAGGAUUUGGAUUAGGAAACGACGCGUUGGAAAGAACUCUUACUUUCGAGAUAAAAGUACUGAUCCCUCAUUUUUGGGGCACACAGUACAUUCCGGUGGAUGGGAUUAGUUGCGAAUAAAGCACGAGAAAUCUCGGUGCGAGGCUUACGACUUUAAAUCCAUAGAUCUAAGAGUGCAAGGAUCUCAAAUUUUAGGGGUCCAAGAAUCCAAGGAUUUAAAGGCUCAAAGAUUUCAUAAUAAUCCAAGUUAACGUGAGUUUAAUCACGAGUUGACUUUCUAACGGUCCGUUCUCAAAAACUCUGCGACGACCUAUAUCGCUAUUGAAAUAUCGCUUUGCGCUCGUUGAACAUUCCUUUCACGUUUGUCUCAUCACAAGAUUUCUCUGUCCGUGAUGUCACUGAAGUGAUGUGUGAUGCAGGAAUAUAACGUUAAAGUAACAAGAAAGAUUAAUGAUGUUAACGAACCAACAUAAUUAAAUUGAUAUAUCAUAAAAUAUUCAACAAUAAAAUAAGGAGACUUUAAAAGAACGGUUAUCGAUUCUUUUAGUUAGUUUCUACUUCUGAUUAUUAUAAUAAUUUUUCAUGUUCACGAUUCGUUUGGCUAUAGCUUCACUUCAGGGACGUUUAGGACUGUUCAUUUCAUUUAUCGGACUCGCACAUCUCGGAACAACGAUUGCAGAAAGCACGAUUCUUCGAGGGCACACCAAAGUAGAAGAGGGAGAAAAGGUGUUAUUUGCUCGAAAGGUGCUCGACUUCCUCGAAGAGUGGUGCGAUCUGAAUGUACUUGCGUUAAGCAUAAAAGUUCAGAAAAAUUCAGAAACGGCAAUUGGCUCUCAACUGUGGAGCAUAUUUUCUAGCUUCUCGAGGAACCGACAAUAUCCGAACGCUUGAACGUAGAUAUACCUCAAUAAUGCGAACGUUCCACUUCCAGAAAAUGUAUACAUGCGUACUAUACAUGCAUACGUUUUACACACACACGUCUGUCUGCGUAUAUACACGUACUAGGGUGUCCUUUAUUUGUAGAAAAUUCUCGCGCUGUGAUAAGAAAAUCGCAUUGGCGAAUUAAUUUAUCGGCAACAAAAUUAGAUCAGUGAGAGGUAACAUUUUAAAUUUGUAAAGGAAAAUGUGUCAGAAGUGAGAUAUUUGCAAUAAUAGGACAUAAGCAAUUAAGGGAUAUCCUAAUGCACAUACUCCUGUCUACACACACACAUACACACACAUGCAUACACACAAAACAUACGGCAUACGUACGUGAUACAUAUAUAUUAGGAUAUAAGAAUUCAAAGAUCCAAUGAUCUGAAGAUUGAAUGCUUAUAUCCUUGGAUUCUUCGCCCUAAGUUCUUCGAUUCCUCAGACCGUUAUUGAAAUCUUACGUUAUAGAACACUCUUAUUACACUGACCUCCUUUGUUCCCGUGAAUGCUCACUUCUUUUGAAAUCCUUAGUUUCCUUGUGAUCGAAAGUCCUAAAGUCUCCCUUAGAUUUGCAAUCUUUUUAAGCCUGAAAUACACAAAAAAUAUUCUAUAGCCCGUUUAUUAUAUUUGACAAUUUUUUAAUUCAUAUAGUAAGGCAUUCGACUGAAGAUCCAAGGAUCCAAGCAUCCGUUUACGGUACCGUAUACUCACACGUCGCAUAGAGCAGGGCAUAAAUGUAAUCUAAGCUUCGUUAUUUUUAUGAUCUCAAUUAAUUAUCGUAGUCGAGAAUGAAAUUUUUAUCGCGACCCUUUAACCGGUGAACCGAGUGCUAGAAACAGAUAUCUGCAAUGAAAUUGCCGAACGAAUUCCACGAUAUCAUAGGAUAAAUUCUCGUAAGAUUAUAUAUCGAAAGAGUGAUAAUAGAUGUUCGUAUCAGGUCGCAAAAGUUAAUGCAAUAUAUUAAGGAUUUCUUUUAGGACGAGGCGGGUUACUUGUCUUUUGUAGUUUUCGAUGUACAAUAUGUGGCAGCCGCGUAUUAAAGAAAAAGAAAAUAUAUGGAUAAGUCAGCUUGGGGUUACUGGUUAAAGGGUGCAGAUUCGAUCGGGAGGAACGAGCUAAUGUUCCGUUUCCGGAGGACCGUUCGAUUAGCCAGCCGCAUUUAACAAGUAGUCAACAAUGUUGUUUUUUUAAUUUAUGAAAUAAUUUUCGUAUCUGUUUCGAAGGAAGAAACGCGUAUCAGAAACGUGCGUGCGUGCGUGUGUGCAAAAGAGUAAUGUAUGCGUGGAAAAGAGAGAGAAAGAGCGCUCGAGAAAGAGAGAGAGAGAGAGAGAGAGAGAAAGAGAGAGAGAGAGGGUAGACCAAAAAUCUCGAGAGAGAAACCGGUGUAAAUAUGUAAAAUAAAGUGUUCCUGACGUAAA